GGUUGCACUUUGGAGAAGCCAGGAGCCGCCGCCCGAGGCAGGUGCGGGCGAGCCAGGGAGCCGCGGCCCCCGAAGCCUCGUCCCCGAGCCAAGCGCCGGGAGCCUGGAGCUGGGGCGCCCGGAUUCCCUGCCAGCCGCACGCGCCCCAGCCCAGCGAGGCCCCGGGCGCCCCGCCGCCACCGCGCCAUGCUCCACCUGAGCGACUUCUCCGGCCCCGACGCGCUCCUCUCCAAGCCCACCGAAGGCUGCGCCCACGCCAGCCCCGAGCUGCCCCGGCUGCCUGCUAGGGACGCUCCCUCGGCUGCCGCGUAUCCUGGAGGCGACUUCUUGAGCUGGGCUCUGAGCAGCUGCGGCGCCGGAGGGGACUUAACAGACUCCUGCUUCCUGGAGGGCCCUGCACCCACGCCCCCUUCGGGCCUCAGCUACAGCGGCAGCUUCUUCAUCCAGGCGGUUCCCGAACACCCGCACGACCCGGAGGCCCUCUUCAACCUCAUGUCUGGCAUCUUGGGCCUGGCACCUUUCCCCAGCCCCGAGGCGGCAGCGUCUCGGUCCCCCCUGGAUGUCCCUUUCCCCACGGGCCCCGAUGCCUUGCUGCCGGACCUUUACUCCCCGGAUCUGAGUUCGGCCGCCUUCCCGGAGGCGUUUUGGGAGGCCGCGCCUUCGGCGGGCGCUCCCUCGCAGUGCCUGUUCGAGCCCCAGCUCUCCCCGCCCGACGUCAAGCCCGGGCUGAGGGCGCCUCCCGCUUCGCCAGCGCUGGACGCUGUUGCUUCGGCCUUCAAAGGGCCCUACGCCCCCUGGGAGCUGCUGUCGGCCGGGACCCCGGGGAACUGUGGGUCGCAGGGAAGCUUCCAGACCACCCCGGAGGCCCGCUUUUCCGCGGUAGGGACCAAGGUCGAGGACCUGCUCUCCAUCAGCUGCCCCGCCGAGCUGCCCGGCCCCGCUAGCAGACUCUACCCGGCAGGGGCCUACGACGCCUUCUCGCUGGCCCCAGGUGACUUAGGGGAGGGGACCGAGGGCCUCCCGGCGCUGCUGACCCCUCCGGGCGGGGAGGGUGGGAGCGGCGGCGAAGGCGGAGAGUUCCUGGCCGCCCCUCAAGCGCAGCUCUCCCCUCUGGGCCUGCGCGGCGCCGCCACGGCGGACUUCUCCAAACCCCUGGUGGCCGACCUCCCGGGGGGCAGCGGCGUGGCCGCGCCCGCAUCUCCCGCCGCCUCCUUCCCCGCGGCCAAAGCCCGGCGCAAGGGACGCCGGGGCGGCAAGUGCAGCGCGCGCUGCUUCUGCCCGCGGCCGCACGUCAAGGCCUUCGCCUGCCCCGUGGAGAGCUGCGUGCGGAGCUUCGCGCGCUCCGACGAGCUCAACCGCCACCUGCGCAUCCACACGGGCCACAAGCCCUUCCAGUGCCGCAUCUGCCUGCGCAACUUCAGCCGCAGCGACCACCUCACCACACACGUGCGCACCCACACGGGCGAGAAGCCCUUCGCCUGCGACGUGUGCGGCCGCCGCUUCGCGCGCAGCGACGAGAAGAAACGGCACAGCAAGGUACACCUGAAGCAGAAGGCGCGCGCGGAGGAGCGUCUCAAGGGCCUGGGCUUCUACUCGCUGGGCCUCUCCUUCGCCGCGCUUUAGCCAGACCUGGCCCCGUAGGUCGAGGACGCCGGCCCUCGGCGCACGCGCCACGGUCCGGCCGGUCCUUCGUCCCCGCUGCCCCUCCCUGCCUCUUCCACGCACGUCCGGGGCCACCCACAGUCCAGCUCCCAGUUCCCCCGAAGCGCCCGCCGCUCACGCCCUUCAGCACGGGUUCCGCGGACAGCGCCCGCUGUCUCGGAGCCGCCUUCCUCCAGCCAGCCACUACGGGGACAGUCCUCUCGGUCCACCCCACAGAGCAGCCACUUCCUUGGGGCUGAAGAGAGGUUUUUUGUAACUGGCGUACGCCCCACGCCUUCCUCUUUAUCCCUCCCCAGUGACAAGCUGGGGAUGUACGAGCCGGUCUCUCAAGAACUUUGUAUAGCAAGUCCAGCAAGCCUUUGAAUGUGAUGUUUUGCUUUGGGGUUAUUUCCUUUUUGUUGUUGUUCAUUUUUUGUAAAGCAGACGCUACUCUCAAGCAUUUGACAAAACUGUUUAUUUUUGCAAUUAAAAUUAUUGUGCUAAAAGCUUA